AUUAAGUGCAAAAUCAUGUCAUACCUGGCAGGCAUCCUUGUAAUUGGUGGACAAGGAGGAAAUCCUUUUAAUUUUAAUGGUACUGGAAAUGGAGCCACCUUGAGAAAGAUCUGGGUGUGGGCCGGUGGCUGGCAGAUAAAAGCCGUCAAGGUUUGGCUUACUGAUGGCCAGUCCCAGGAGUUUGGUAAUCCUGCUGGGAGCUUUUCAGAAUUUACAUUUGAGGAUGGAGAGCAUUUCACUUCCCUUUCACUUUGGGGAAAUGGAGCUGGAACACGUCUGGGUGCCAUCAAAUUCAAGACAAAUCGCUCCCGGGAGUUCUUUGCACACAUGACAGACUGGGGGCUGAAAACAGAAUAUCCAGUUGAUGUGGGUUCUGGGAUCUGCAUGGGAAUCACAGGACGUGCUGGUGCAGAUAUUGAUAGCUUAGGCUUCAUUUUCAUUAACACCAUCAGGUCUACUCAGCUAACAGAUGUUCAAUAUCCCACACUUCAUGAUGUGAUACCCAAUGUGGCUGUUGAGGAAAUCAAAUCCAUGACAUACCAUAAUAAUUCUACUGAAACUCAAGAAUAUCGAAUUGAAACCUCCAAAAAAAUCACCAAAAAGUCAUCCUGGUCUGUAACCAACAAGCUUGAAUUCACAUUUAGCAUGGAAGUGAAGGCAGGAAUUCCUGAGGUUGUGGAAGUAUCAAGUGGAUUCAGUUUCACAGUGGGAAGUGAGAGCUCAUAUGGUUUGGAGAACACUGAGGAGAAAACUGAGCUGUUGUCAUUUCCUGUCAAAGUCCCUCCAGGGAAGACCGUGGAUGUGGACAUUACAAUUGGCCGGGCUAUAGUUGAUCUCCCCUACACUGGCACAGUCCAGAUUACCUGCUAUAAUGACAGUGUGCUGGAGUUUAAAACCAGUGGAACCUACAAAGGCCUCACUUACACUGAUGCAAAAGUAGUUGUGAAUGAAUCAGCAAAAAGCCUGUAAAUUCUACAUCUACAGAAAGAGCUUGUUGCAGACGCACAUGUUUAUUUGGUAAAAUAUUUUUUAAGAAACAUUCUGAGAAAUGAAUACAACAAAUCUUAGUUAUUGUAGAUUUAGUAUAAUUGUAGCUUGCUUUAAACAAAUUUUAUUUUUUAUUAUUACUGUUUAAAUUGUUAAUUUACUGCUAUGGAGAUGAUUCUUCUGCUUCUUUUUAAUCUUAAAAUCUCUAAUGAUUUCAAUUAAUUAAACUGUUCUCUCUGUCUGAUUUUGAAUAAAAACAUCCUAUCACUUUUUUGGCAGCCAGCAUGUGCCAAAAUGUGUGAGACCUCAUUAGUUUUCAU